UUAGCGGUGAUGUCGAAGCAACUAACCACGAACUCAUUACCACCCAAAGAGCUAUCUAUAUUCAAAAGGGUUGUGGUAAGUUUUGUCGAGGGACCCUUUAAUCCCUUACUUUCCGUGAACAGAAAUACUACGACCAGAAAAACUCUUGCGAUGAAGGGAAUAUUGCUCAGCUGUUUGGGUAAAAAAGAAGAGGCACGUGAAUACGUCAAACGGGGCCUAAAGGCGAACAUAUCGAGUUUCGUAUGCUGGCACAUAUACGGUCUGGUUCAGAAAUCAGACAGGAAAUACGACGAGGCAAUCAAGUGCUACUUGCAGGCUCUUCGACUGGAUCCAGACAAUUUACAGGUUUUGCGUGAUCUGUCUGUGCUUCAGAUGCAACUUAGAAAUUAUGAAGGUUGCAAGGAUACUCGAUACAAAUUGCUUAUGCUCCGCCCUAGCCAAAGGGCGUCGUGGAUUGGAUAUGCCCUAAUCCAUCAUCUACUGGAAAACUACGAUACCGCCCUGACCGUUUUGAAUGAGUUUCGGAAAGGACAAGGGGAGGUUUCAAUGAGUUAUGAAAACAGCGAACUCAUUUUAUACCAAGCUAUGAUACUAUGGAAUCCGCUGUUGAAGUCGCAUGAAAUCCUGAAAGUGAACUGUACAUCAAUGUAUUAUGCCGUGCGCUUGGCGCCAACGGUGCUCCUCAGGAAGAUGUUGAAAUCCGAAGAAAAGCUUUUGAUUCGGUCCUCGAAAAGUAUCCGCGCUCCCGACUCGCUCGCAGAUUAUGAUACGUUCAAAUCCCAGUUGGAUGGUUACCUUCGCCACUAUCUCAGGAAAGGCGCUCCCCCGCUUUUUAUCCAGUUAAGUAACCUAUGGCGUGAAAAGGAUAAGUUAUCUGUGCUCGAGGAAUUGCUAACCAUGUACCAACACAACAUGUCUAAGUUUCACUCUUUUGACGGACUCCAAGAUCAACCUGAGCCUCCGUCAACCGCCAUAUGGUUGAGUUAUUUCAUCUAUGUGCCCCUUUCUUUUCAUCUACUGUCGCAGGAGGCCCUUGAGGUUGUCGAUGAUCAACUUAGGAAAACUCCAACACUAGUUGAUUUUUACGUACUCAAAGCUGAUAUAUAUUAUAGUGCAGGAGAUGUUAUAACUGCAAGUCGAUGGAUGGAGGAAGCACAGUCCCUUGACACUGCUGACCGCUACAUCAAUGCACGCUGUACAAAGUUCAUGGUUGAAGCACAUCGUCAAGUCGACGCGCUGGCAAUGGCGUCAAAGUUUACAAGGGAAACUAUAUCCGCCGCUGAAUAUUUAUCGGAAAUGCAGUGUAUGUGGUUCCUCAUUGAAAACGCUCGCACUUAUCGAGACCUGGGGAAAUACGGAGAGUCCCUGAAACUGUGCCACGAAGUGGAGCAACAUUACCGCAACAUCCUGGAUGACCAGUUGGACUUUCAUUCCUAUUGCCUUCGCAAAGGGACCUUACGUGCUUACGUAGAAACGUUGCGUUUGGAAGACCGACUUCGAAACCAUGCAUCUUAUUUUGAUAUUGCUCAUCUCGCCAUUGAAGUAUGUUACUUAUUGCUUUCACUCACCAAUUUGAAUGCUAUAUAUUCUGGUAUAUAUAGCUUCUCGCAACCAAUUUAUCUAAUGGAGUAUGGAGAUACAAUACGUCAACCUGGACAAGUAAUGUAUUUUGCCGAGUUCAAUGAGAGGUGUUUACUAAUUGGCGAACGGUAA